AUGCCCGACUCAGAUAGCGAUUUUGCCAAUGAUGAUGAAGAUGACGAGAUCUUACAAGGUUACUUAACGGGCCGAACUCAAAUUCCACCAAAAUCUGUUAGCUGCGGAAUGGCACCUGUCGAAACAGUAGUUUCUCCUCCUCCUGCUUCUGCUGCUCCUUCUGCUGCUCCUGCUGCUCCUUCUGCUGCUGCUCCUUCUGCUGCUCCUGCUGCUCCUUCUGCUGCUGCUCCCACGUCCCAAAUUUUAGAAGAGAUACCCUUAAAUGCGCAAAUCCAAGCAAGACUAUUUCAAGCAGAUGGCGAGAUUGCUACGUUGAAAGCCCAGUUUUUGCGUUUCCAAAACUCAAAACGCGAUGAGUUGGCUGAUUUGAGACGAUCUUAUGAAGCGUUGAAAAAGAGUAAAGAGGCGGAAACCGAGGCGCUAAAGGAGGUGGUACACAAAUUAGAGGAUGACAGAAAGUUCCUUAAAAAUGAGCUUAUCACAGCAACAUCUCACAAGAAGAGAAAGAUUGAUAUAUCGCAAAAUGAAGAGCAACAAACAACAUUACAGGUGAGUUCAACUGCUUCUGGUGAUUUUCACCCCCGAGGAGAAAUUCCUCUUGAAAGAGUUGUAAAAUUUGAAAAUGAAACUUUGACUUUGUUUGAUCAUCUUCAAAAAUAUUGCAUUGUUGGGGCUCAACGAUCUUCUUUUGAAUAUUUAAGCAAAAUCUGUUAUGAUUUCGAGUUGGAUACCCUUUAUGGGUUUCGAAUUAAAAAGAAACAACCGGUUUCAUUCGCCCUAUUGGAAUUUUUGAUGAGUAUGAGGGAAUUGAGAUUAGACGAGGUUAUUGAAAAGUUUGUGUUUUCAAUUAUUGAUAUCACCAAACAGGCUAUGUCUAAUAGACUAGUGCUUUCCAUUCCAUUCCUAAUAUCUUUAGUGCACUGUGCAAUAAACUUUAGACCAGUAGCAGUGACUCAAAAACUAAUAAUUGAAAUCAUUGAAACGCUUUCGCAAUGGGCCGUUAAAUACCUGUACUUGCUCAAUCUGAACUUAGAGGAGACUAUUGACGGAGACGUGUACCAUGAACACUAUGACCCGCUACAAAUAACAGCACUUGAAAGGUUACUUUUAGUUGAAUUAGUUGAUACAACGGAAAAGGUUUUGAGCUUAACGGCUCAGUUUGAAUCCGGGUUUAUUAUAAAAGUUUGGAACAAAGUCCUGUCGACCAAGUUAGUUUCUGUUUUUUUACCCCAAAACACCGAAAGAUUCAAAUCUAAUGUUCAAAUCAAUACAGUCUAUAGUAUUGUUGAAAUGCUAGAGUCAUCAAUUACGGAUGAUACUUUUGCAUUCAAUAACAGUGAAAUGGAUACCACGAUUAUCUCCUCUUUGAUCAAAGUCUUUUUAAUCGAUAUACCCAUCAAACAAGGAUUCAGGUUUUACGGAUUGAAUAGGAUUCUUGGUAAUAACACCGAUAUGCAAAUAGUUGACUUGGCAGUGCCAAAAGAACACGAUCGGCUCAAUAAUUACGUUGUAUGCAUUCCGCAACCCAUUCGUGAUAUAGACACCCAAACAGAGCAGAUUACCGAGGUAGAAAAAGAUAACCAUCUUUUCCACUUACUUAACCUUCAAAUAAGAGUGGCCGAGCUAUUGGUAUCAUUAAUAAUCACAAAACAAACAGUUGAGUUUUUGCAUGAUAAGGAUCAUUUCAAAUCACUAGUGAGGAUUAUUGGGAUGCAGCAGAGCGAAGUUACAAAAUCACCUAGAUCGCAACUAGUAGGAUCAAAGCUCUACCUAAUUGCAAUACUAGUCAAGAUUAUCGACUAUUUGACCCAGGAUCUCCGUGAAGCUAGUGAGCUAAUGUAUAGUGAAACCAUGUACGAACUAUUUGUUGUGUUUCUGAGGAUAGCAUUUGGUACAGACUCGUUAUCUUCUGAUGCUUAUAACUUGCUAAAGAAAGCAAGAACUAAGGGGUACUACGAGCUUCCAGUUUUUAAUGAAUGGUGCGAAACCAGAGCAAGACAAAUUAAUCAUGUUAGCACAAAAGAUUAUCUGGGCAGGUAUCUUGCCAACAUUGAGAGUAACUUCUCCAAUGGAUUAGAGAUACCUUAUGAUAACGAAACAGUGGAGUUGGCAAGAGAAGUACUAAAUAGAUAUGUGAACCAUGAGGAAGCAGAUAAUCUCUAUUUCAACAUGAAUCCUGAAUACGACGACAUCAAUGCAAUUGAUGAUGAUGAAGAUGAUGAAGAAAUGAAUAUAUAG